AUGGCCGAUGUUGCCGCUUUGCGGCUGGAGUUGCAGGAAGCGGAGGCCGAGCUGGAGCUGAAGGAUGCUGAGCUCCGGGCCUGCUGUCCGCGUGGCCCUGAAAGCUGUGACCAUCCCGAGUAUCUGCGAGAGGAGCUCCAGCGCUUGGAGGCUGAGUUCUCGCUGCAGGACGCUGGGCAGCGUGGCAACAAGCUGGGCUCCGAUGCCCCACCGACCACCCUCCGCAUGUCUCGCUCGGGGCUUCUGGACGAGGAGCAACGACGAAAGAGUGAGGCGGUGAAGCAGCUCCGGCAACGGGAGCUUUGGUUCGAGCUGCAGCUUCGGAGGCAGCAGGAAGCUCAUGGAGAAAGCAUCGAUGCUCUACGAGACGAGGCGUUCGCUCUGCGGAAGUGCGCGUUGCUGGGAGGUCGGAAGUCCAUGAAGGUUGAGAGCCUCCCUGUCACUCCCCUCCAGUCGCUGCCGCACUCCAACGACAGGGGGAAGCUGGUUACUGGGUGGCAGCAGGACCCCUUGAUGCAUUUGACGCAGCGCCUGCGAUCAGAGUUGGAGGCAACGAAUCUGAGCACAAAGUGA